AUUUCUCCAUAACAAAACAUGAUUACUCAAAACCAACAUAUUUUCACUUUAGCAUUAUUAACACUAAUUAGCAUCAUCACAUUAACUUCAGUUUCAGCUCGUUUAUUUCCUAAUCCAUCUGAAAUCCCGAUGUCUAACCACGCGCCACCAGGCGCGUGGGACGGAUACCGAAACUUCACAGGUUGUACCCGCGGCAAAACAUACGACGGACUCUCCAAACUCAAAAACUACUUUCAACAUUUCGGCUACAUCCCCAACGCGCCGCCGUCAAACUUCACCGACGACUUCGACGAAGCCUUAGAAUCCGCCGUACGUUCUUACCAGAAGAAUUUCAAUCUCAACAUCACCGGGGAGCUCGAUAACACAACAAUGAACUACAUCGUCAAACCACGAUGCGGCAUCGCGGAUAUCAUCAACGGAACAACCUCCAUGAACUCCGGCAAGUCCAAUGACACAAAUCUCCAUACCGUCUCACAUUACACAUUCUUCUCCGGCAAGCCACGGUGGCCGGCGGGAACAACAUCCCUAACCUACGCAUUCGAUCCUAGCGAGAAUCUUGACGACGCAACAAAACAAGUUUUCGCAAACGCGUUUAACCAAUGGUCGAAAGUAACAACAAUAACCUUCAACGAAACGACGUCGUAUAAUACCGCAGAUAUCAAAAUUGGAUUCUACAGUGGUGAUCACGGUGACGGAGAACCGUUUGACGGAGUCUUAGGGACGUUAGCACACGCGUUUUCUCCAACUGACGGAAGGUUCCAUUUGGAUAAAGCGGAAGACUGGGUAGUUAGCGGAGAUGUAACGGAGUCAUCUUUGUCUAACGCUAUUGAUUUGGAAUCCGUUGCGGUUCAUGAAAUUGGCCAUGUUUUAGGGUUAGGGCACACGUCGGUUCAAGAGGCUAUUAUGUAUCCUACGAUAAGUUCGAGAACGAGGAAAGUUGAGCUUGAGGAGGAUGAUAUUCUUGGGAUUCAGAAUCUUUAUGGUUCGAAUCCGAAUUUUACUGGGAUUACUACUGCUACUACUUCGAGGGAUAGAGAUUCUAGUAAUGGUGGUCGGAGACAUGUGGCGUCGUUGUUUUUGUCUUUGGUGUUUGUUGGGUUUGGUUUUUUGAGUUUGUAGAGGAGAGGUUUAUGUUGUUUUUAUUUGUUAGAAUUUUAGUAGAUGGUUUUAUACAGAAAGUAUACGAUGGUAGGUUAUACGGAUAUGUUUGUAUAUAGGUUGUUAUUUCCGGUUCGGUGCUGUGUAUUUUUGUUUUGUACUAUUCACAUUCUUCAUUCUUUUUGUGAUAGUUUAUUGGCGGACA